AUGAAGACCGUCUCCGCCAUCGUCUCCCUGGUCUUGGCCCUGAACGUCGCGGCCGUGCGGCAGUUCACCGUCUUCAACAAUUGCACCGAGACCAUCUGGCCAGCAAUUUUCACGGAUCUGACCGUCGGCAAUGCCACGCCCAACCAGCCUACAGGGUGGCUGCAGCCUGCCAAGAACACCACAAAAUUCGAAGUGCCCGACAACUGGCGCUCCGGUCGGAUCUGGGGCCGCCGCAAGUGCAAUUUCGCCGAGAAUGCAAACUUACCCGAGAGCUGCAUCGUCGGAGGCUGCAACGGGGGACUGGAAUGCGACCCCCACACCGGAACGGGCGUGCCUCCUGCCACCUUGGCGGAAUUUACCUUGGGCACCAACGGCGUUCCCGAUAGCUACGAUGUCUCUAUGGUCGACGGUCACAACUUGCCGAUGAGGAUUACCCCAUCCCAUCCCGACUGCCACGUUACGGAUUGCCCGGUGAAUCUUGUAGAAAAUUGCCCGGAACCACUGAGCGCCCCAACCGACGAAAGCGGCAAGCUGUGGGGGUGCAAGACCUCAUGCAGCGCUGGCCUUGCUGGCUACGACAACAGCCCGAACUGCUGCUCUGGGGAAUUCAACUCCCCUGCGAAAUGUCCCAGCUCCGGGGUGGCGUAUUACGAACACUUCAAGGGUAACUGUCCGAACGCCUACGCCUACGCGUACGACGACGCCACAGCGCUCUUCAGCUGCGACUCCGCGCUGCAGACUGACUACACCAUCACCUUCUGCCCCGGGCCGUGAAGAAUGCGCCACCCCUAGCCUCAAACUCUGUAGACAUAUUCUCGCAGCCGGAUACGUUCUUACUUCCCACUUCUUGUAGUCGGCGGCCGCUAUGACGUAUACCCGCGUAUCCGGAGGACAGCCGCCUACUGUAGAUGCAUGUGGACAUAUGCAUCGUGUGGUGCCCGUGCCUGCCAC